AUGACAGAUGUGUUAACAAUCGCGAUUAGGCGUAUGGCUCGGGAUCUACCUUUGCAAUCCCCUCGGGAGACGAUGAUGCUAGGCUUCACUGGCUACGUUGUGUUUGGCCUUAUCACCGGGUGUGGCUAUGACAAGAUCACGAAGAAUGUGCCCCUGUUCAUCUUCUUUUAUGGCAUGCUGCACGCCAUGGGGAGUCUGGGACCGGGGAACCUCAACGGACUUGUCAGCGCCGAAUCAUUUCCUACUCCCAUCAGGGGAACAUUCUAUGGUAUAUCUGCCGCGGUCGGCAAGGCAGGCGCUGCGAUCGGCACGGAAGCAUUCACGCCUAUCCAAGACAACCUGGGCAAAAAGUACACUCCCCGUUUAUUUGACGCGUGGACGUUCAUCGUCGCCGCGAUCUGCGGUGUCCUCGGCGUUGUGCUCACGUACUUCUUCGUUCCCGAGAUGACGAACAUCGACUUUGCGGACGAGGACGAGAAGUUCCUCCUGUACCUCGCCGACAACGGGUGGGAGGGGGUCGUCGGCGACGGUGACUCUGCAUUCAGUGCUGAUGAGGUUGUGAGCGUCGAAGAGAAGGAAGCAAUGCAGUUCAAGCUUGUUGCAGUCCUCUUCGCUCUGGCGUUCCUUCUCGGCGCGUCGGCGGUCAGCGUUCCCCCGGACGCCACCGAGAUCGUGUCUGAAGCCCUUGAUGAGUGUGUUUUAGUGCACCUGGGCUUCCAGGGCGACGCCCCGUGCCACACGGUCGCUGUUACCCUGGGUUGUAACUACGCGAAGCCCGGCUUGAUUGUGACUCCUUUGUCGUGCCUUGUGGGCCCUCGUGGACCUGGGUGCUGUGUGUUCUGUGUGAUAGCCGCGGGCCUGGAAGAACUGCGGCAACGUCCGAUCCUCGAGGAGUGUAGCAUAGUAUAUCCACCUGCAGCGUCAUGGCACGAGUCUCUCUGGCUCGACUUCAACACUUCUCCUUUCGCCGCUGCCGCCAUGUUCGACGAAAUAGACCCGCCCUCCCCGUCCGGUGCACUGGUUUCCUUGGCUCCGCUCGACCCCGAGUGGCAGCCGAUCCUGCACAUAUCCGACCAGGUCGUGCUCUACAACCCGACCUCACAUGCUCUCUCCAUCCGCACAACGCCAAACGCGAGCCUGGCCCGCCGCGCGUCUCGCCAUUGCCCGUAUUGCCACCGGACGAUCCCUGCCGAAAUGCAUGCCGCGCAGGACGUCGACGUCGACGAUGUUGAGCACGGCAAAUUCGAGGACGACGAGUUCACCUGGCGGCCGCGGAGCCGCGCGUCGAACUAUUUCCAGCUGCUGGAAACGGCGAACGAGACAAUGUCGAGACCGGCAACCCCCCAGCGCACCAUACCCGCGCACGAAGACAGCUCGCGCUCGACCGACAGCUCAAAUGGCGGACGAGCGUUCAGGGCCGACAAUAUGGCAGAAGGCUACUUCAAGGCCUUCUUCCGCGAAGAAGGCAGAUUGGGAAUGGGUGCAAACGGGACGGUCUACUUGUGCCAGCAUGUCUUGGAUGGAAACUCAUUAGGCCAUUUUGCGGUGAAGAAGAUCGCCGUCGGCCAGUCUCAUAGCUACCUUCUCAACAUCCUACGUGAAGUACGCUUGUUGGAGCAGCUCCAUCAUCCGAACAUCGUCACGUACCACCAUGCAUGGAUGGAGACAUGUCAGUUCUCUACGUUUGGCCCUCAUGUGCCCACGCUGCACGUUCUCAUGCAAUGGGCGGAAGGAGGGAGUCUUGACGACUUCAUCGACGCCCGCCUGGGGCGCCGCGCUCCGACGCAUCUGCCCCACCUCCACCUGGCGACUACCACCGCACCUGGCUCGUCCGGCGCGUCCUCCCCUGGCCUUGCGGCCGACACAAACACACUGCCGUCGCCCUCCGCGUACUCGCGCUCAGCGCGCAUCCGCGCGUUCCGCGCACUGCAGCGCGCCCCGCCGGGCGAGCGCGAGCGGCUGAGGCGGGAGCUGGGCCUGGACGGCGGCGGGAAGAGCGGGGGGCCCGCCGACUGGAAGGCGGUGCAUUUACUGAGUGCGGAGGAGGUGCGGGGGCUGUUCGGGGACAUCGUCUCCGGGAUCGCGUUCUUGCACGACAAGUCGAUCCUGCACCUCGACCUGAAGCCCGGGAACGUGCUCCUGACAUGGGACGAGGGCCGUCUGAUCCCGCGCGCGAUGCUCUCCGACUUUGGCACCUCGCAGGACAUGCUCAAGUCGCGGAUGCGAUCGGGGAACACCGGCACCCUGGAAUACUCCUCGCCGGAGUCGCUGCCCUCGCCCACCGGCCAGCUGAAGCAGGUCACCUCCAAGGCGGACAUGUGGUCUGUCGGCAUGAUCCUCCACAAGCUGCUGUUCUUCCGGCUGCCAUACCAGCACGCGUCCGACAGUGCACGGGCGCACGGCGCGGGCCAGUCGGGAGACGCGACGGAUGCGGCGGAUGCGGAUGCGGACGCGCUGGAGAGGGAGGUGCAGACGUACGCUGGCUUCAGGCCGUCGAGCGCGCUCGCCACCGCGUUCCAGUCGCGCAGGCUCCCCGAGGCGUAUCUGAUGCUGCUCGAGGGCCUCCUGAAUAUCAACCCAUCGACACGGCCGACGGCAGAGCGCGUGCUGGCCGCCGUCCGCGAGGGCAGGCUCGACCCCCUUUCAGCCGAGGCGAGCGACCGGCCGGGCUCCAGCGGGUCGCUCAUCCCGAUGCCCCUGCGGCGCGUGUUCGACGCCACGGCGCUGCUCGCCAGCUCCAUCAGCCCGAGCCCGAGCCCGGACCUGCACGCCUGGGUGUCGUCGCAGGAGCCGGACGCCGCCCCGCUGGCCGCGCGCGAACCGUCGGCCGCAGAGAAGCGCGCGCGCGAGCCAUCCGCUGCGCCCACGCCCGUGCCUGCGCACGCGAGAGCGCUCCCGUUCGGCCUGAGCACGAACGGCGUGUGGGCGUGUACGCUGAGCGUGGGCGGGCGGCAGGCCCACGUGCGGAUCCCGCGCGUGGUGUGGCUGCGGACGGUCAAGUCGUGCGUGCUUGUGGCCAAGGUGCUCAGCGUGUCGCGGAUCUGCGUUGGCACCGGCACGCGCACCGGCCUCGGCCUUGACGCGCACGCGAACCCGCUCGUCGCGGCGCUCGUGCUCGCGCUCGCGGUGGUGGAUACGUGGUUCGAGACGCUCAUGCCGACGCUCGUGCUGGGCCUGCUGCACGUCGUGGCUGUAGCCUAUGGGGCGGCACGCGGAUGCUAA